AUGGACCACCACCUCCUCGCCCGUCGCCUCGGCGCGCCUCCUCUCCUCGCCAUCCUCUCCUGCCUGGCGCUCAUUCUCGCCGGGUGCAGGAGCAGCAGCGCGCACGCAGGCCCAGCCCCGCGCCCGGUCUUCGCGUUCCCGGCCGCCGCCGCGGCCACCAAGGCGCAUGCAGUGGCACGCCACCACGAGCGCCUGCGCGUCGCGCUAGACGCCGCCGCCACGCGCGUCGGCGAGGCGCUCGGCGCGCUGGCCGCCGUCACGCCGGCCUCCUCCUCCUCGUCGCCGGCGCUCGCCGCGGCCGCCCGGGAGGACUGCGCGGAGCUGCUGGACGAGGCGCUCCAGCUCCUGGCCGGCGCGAGGGCGGCGCCCCGAGCGGCCCGGGGCGACGCGCUCACGUGGCUCUCCGCCGCGCUCACUAACCACGACACCUGCGCCGACAGCCUCGCCGAGGCCGGCGCGCCGCUCCAAGCGCACCGGCACCUCGCCGCCGCCCGCGGCGUGGUCCGCGACAGCCUCGCCAUGUACGCCUCGUCCACCACCGCUGCAGCGGAGGCCGCCACCGCCACCGGAGCAACAACCGAGGAGGCCGGCGGCGCGGCGGGCCUCGUCCGCAGCAGCUGCAAGAACGAGACGGCGAGACGGCAGGGCCCGUGCGGUUUCCCUCGGUGGCUGCCGGCGAGGGACCGGCGGCUGCUGCUGGCCCCCGCGGCGUCGCUGGCCGGGAGCGCCGACAUUGUGGUCGCCAAGGACGGCACGGGGACGCACGCCACCAUCGCCGACGCCGUCAAGGCGGCGCCCGAGUGCAGCGAACGCCGGACGGUGAUACACGUCAAGGCGGGGCGGUAUGACGAGAACGUCAAGGUCGGGAUGAAGAAGACCAACCUGGUGUUCGUCGGUGACGGCAAGGGCGUCACCGUCGUGGCCGGCAACCGCAGCGUCGCUGACAACUACACCACCUUCCGCACCGCCACCUUUGCCGCGUCAGGGUUCGGGUUCAUGAUGCGCGACAUGACGGUGGAGAACUGGGCGGGGCCGGCGAGGCACCAGGCGGUGGCGCUGCGCGUGAGCGCCGACCGCGCCGUCGUCCACCGCUGCAGCAUCGCCGGGUACCAGGACACGCUGUACGUGCACUCCAACCGCCAGUUCUACCGCGACUGCGACGUCUACGGCACCGUCGACUUCGUCUUCGGCAACGCCGCCGCCGUGCUGCAGCGCUGCAACCUCUGGGCGCGGGUGCCGCUGCCGGGCCAGAAGAACACCGUCACCGCGCAGAGCCGGAACGAGUCGUGCCAGCUCACCGGCAUCGUCCUCCACGCUUGCCGCCUCCUGGCCACGCCAGCAGCGGAAGAAGGCCUCGUCGCGCCCACGGCGUACCUGGGCCGGCCAUGGAAGCCCUUCUCCAGGGUGGUGGUGAUGCUGUCGUUCAUCGGUCCGCACGUGCCGCCGCAGGGGUGGCUGGAGUGGAACGCCAGCAGCACUCCGUACGCACUCGACAGGCUCUACUUCGCCGAGUACAUGAACUACGGGCCCGGCGCGGGGGUGGCCGGCCGCGUGCCAUGGCCCGGCCACCGCGUCAUCAACAGCACCGCGGAGGCGGAGAGGUUCACGGUGGCGCGCUUCAUCGACGGCGCGUCCUGGCUGCCGGCCACCGGGGUCUCCUUCGUUGCCGGGCUCUCGCUGCUGUAA